GCCGCAGCUUCCGCCGCCCGCGGGAAUCCCUCGGGACUGGCGCCCGGGGAAGUCCCGGUGCGCGCGGGUACAAGAGGCAGCUCCAGGGCCCCAAGCCGGCAGUCCCCAGCGAUGUCGCGCGGCCUCCGGCUCCUGCUCCUGAGCUGCGCCUGCAGCCUGGUGCCCGCGGCGCGGGAGGUGAAGGUGGCCUGUUCGGAGGAUGUGGACUUGCCCUGCACUGCCCCCUGGGAUCCGCAGGUCCCCUACGCGGUCUUCUGGGCCAAGCUCACAAACGGCAGUGCAGAGAGGAUGGAGGUGCCCCAGGAAGACCUGCAGUACUAUCAGCAGAGGGCCUCUUCAGAGGCCCCCAGGGAAAGGCUGUAUUCCCUGAGGAUCCAGAACACUACCAGCUGCAACUCGGGGACCUACAGGUGCACUCUGGUGGAUCCAGAAGGGCAGAGAAACCUAAGUGGCACCAUGAUCUUGAAAGUGACAGGAUGCUCUAAGGGACGCAGAGAAGAGACUUUUAAGAAAUACAGAGCUGAGGUUGUCCUGCUGUUGGCUCUGGUCAUUUUCUACGUAACACUCAUCAUUUUCACUUGCAAGUUUGCACGACAGCAGAGUAUAUUUCCUGACUUUCAUAAACCUGCCAUGGAACAUGCUUUUCUCCCAGUUACCUCCCCAAAUAAGCAUUUGGAGCCAGUGACUCUUCACAAGACAGAACUGGUAUGAGCAGGAUUUCUGCAGAUUGUUUUUCUAAGGUUGAAGGCUCCGUGGUGUGCGUCCACGUCUCACUGGACAGGAGAAGCCUGAGCCCCACACUGAAGACACCAUCCUUCCUGUGAAGCCCUUCACUUGACUGAAACAUCCAAAAGUGGAUCCCACCCCACUGUUUGUGAGCAGGGCCUUGAAAAUUGUGACAUGACCACAAAGCAUGGGGCCGCCUACAGGGUACUUUCCAGUGCUGCUUCUUUAUGACCUUCUUAGCGUUUUAUUCAGCUAUCUGGUCAACCUCUUGGACAGGUUUUUUUUUUUUUUUUUUUUUUUUUUUCAGUCUUAGAAAAGCUAUGGUGAGAUGCAGUUGGAAAAGGACCUUGGGAAAUAUGAAUGCCUGGAGUUGGCCCUGUGUAGACUCUUGAGGACAGCUGUCCUCUUCCACAUCUGGAAAACAUCUCUGAAUUUGCUGUGUUUUCUUGUCUAAGCCCAGAUGUUUUAUGUCUGGGAGAAAGUGACAGGCUAAGCUGAGAGACAGAGGGAAAUAUUUAGCAAAUAGUUUCCCGGCAUGAAGGCCCUGCUAUUACCAAGGAGUACGAUGUGUACGCAGAAACAACAGGUCGAUGAACUGUCCCCAACAGGGCCUUUUUAUCUGGGAAAGGCAUCCAUAAAGAAGCAAUAGAGAAGAAUGUCACAAUUAUUUUUAUAUCUGUGUAUACUUGUCAAAGAAGGAUUUGUGCUUCUUCUCCUUUUGAAAUCUGUAUCUUCAGUUAGAUAUCGUUGUUAACUGACAAGCAACCUGCAUACGGAGGGUGAGAAGAAGUCGGAAACUGUGACAAUAGGAGAGAGAGCUAUUUAGGGACCUGAUGAAAAUGCUGGACCAAUUGUGCAAACUGGAUGCUGGCCCCAGUUGUCCCACUACUUAGCUGUCUGAUCUUGGACAAGAUCCUUAUGGUUUCUACUUUCUCAGUUGUAAACCAAAAGGUUGAUGUAUGAGUUGAUUGAAAAAAACGUAUGUGAAAAUUCUUUGAAAGAGUAUAAAGCACUAUCCAAAUUCCAAACUCCUUUGGGUCGUUAUCCUUAUUAUUGCAGUGGUGUUCUGGGCAUGAGAAAAUGCUUUUCAUUUUUUAUGUUUUCCAUCGUUCCAAACAAAGAAGGCUACAAAGGACACUUUCCCAUAGUCUUCUGUAUGAAUUCCUUUGGGGAAGUGAGGCCAGUUCAAUGGUCUGUUCUUGAAGCACCGGCCAAAAGUGCUCCAAGAUACGGACACUCAGGAGCCACCAGGCCAUGGGGAGAAGGGAGUUCUCAAAUGUUCCAUUGACGUUCUGGCAAUUGUUGCGUUUCUCUUAUCAAACUUGGCCCUUUCCCUACUUAUUUUCCGAAGAGAAUAUUGCCCAUGCUAAUAUUAGGGAGUAAAAGGGAUGCCAAGUUUAGUGUUUUUGCCUCUUUGUCAUAGCUUUC